AUGGCUUUGGCUCGAGACAGCAGCAGGAGCUUCUGUUUGUCCAAGGAUAAAGUCAAUCUGCAGCAGCUGAAUAUGAGGCUUGCUUCAUACCUGCAGCAGGUCCGAUGUCUGGAGGCGGCCAAUCAGAAGCUAGAGUGUCAGAUCCAGGAGGAACUGAACAGGAAGUGUCCUGGAGAGCUGAGAGAGCUGGACAGACACCUGAGGCCGGCAUCUCUGCUGCAGGACCAGAUUGGUGAAUGUCUCUCGGCUCAGGCUAAGGUGAGGCUGCAGCUUCUCAAUGCAGAGCUCAACUCCUUAGACCUCAAAGACAGGUGUGAAAAGGAGCAUGAGCACCGUAGUCGUCUUGAGGCGGCACUUAACGACUUGAGGGAGCUGGGAGAAGAGUUGACAGUCCACAAACUGCCAGAGUUGCGGAGUUGGCUGAGUGAUCACUCUCAACAACUGAUGGAGCUGCAGAUACAGCACCAACAGGGUUUCCUGGCCCAGGUGUCAGGGGGUGUUACAGUGAAGAUGCAGACUACUGGGUCAUCAGACCUGAUCCAACAGCUGAAUGACCUCAGACAGACAAGUACGCCUCUGAUGGCCAAGAACCAGAGUGAGGAUUGGGUCAACACUCAGGGGUCAAUGUUGAGUUCUCCAGUGGUGACCUUUGACCCAGCAGCAAAGUCAGAGGUUGACCAGGCAGAGCUGGAGGAGCUGAGGAGAACAGCAGCAUGUCUGGAGGAAGACUUGAGACAACUGCAGGCUCUGAACGCAAUGUUGGAAAAUUCAGGUCUGGAGCAGACCGAGUCCUUCGUCUUGCAGCUGGAGGUCCUGCAGCAGACAGCAGACAGAUUGUGUGGAGAUCUGGAUUCAGUGUUGCAGGCUACAGCUCAGCAGGCUGCAGACCAUGAGACCCUGCUGGACAUCAAGACAAGACUGGAGGCCGAGAUAAAUAACUACAAGAGGCUGCUGGAUGGACAAAGCAAACAAAGGUAUGGGGUUUUACUAUUUAACUUUGAGUAG